AUGACGACGGCCGAAGGAUUGCUGUAUGCCGACCAUUUUUGGGGGGAAAAGCAUCACGGAUUUCAGGUGCUUCAAGAGAAUCUGAAGAGGUCAGAAGACACCGUUUCCGAAGUUGCACAAUUCGUCAAGGAGCGGUUAUCAGUGGAAGAUGAGUAUGUCAAAGCGAUUAAUCGGAAUGUUCAUAAAGUCUCCAAUUUCAUUCAAAACGGUUCCAACAUCGAUGCCAUGUGGAUGUUAACUAAAGGAACUCUAGAAUUGAUGGCUGAAAUCCACGUAAUGCUUGUUAAGAACCUGCAAGACCUGUCGCGAGAGGUUCAGAAGUACAAAGAAGACGUGAAUCGAACGCGCAAGGAGUUGAAGCAGCCGCAAGUCGCCGAGGCGGUGAAUUUGAUGCAAACGACGACGACGUGUCUUCAGAAGGCCAAGGAGACGUAUCAACAUCGGUGUCAAGAGUUGGAGAAGGCUAGAAAGGAGACGAAUGUGAAUGUGAAGGAAAUUAGUAAGAUCGAAAUCAAAGUGGCUCGCGCUCGCGACGAAUACAAAAGCUAUGUGGAGAAGUAUGAAGUCGUCCGGGAGGAUUUCGAGACAAAAAUGAUCGAUUCGUGCAAGAAAUUUCAGACUUUCGAUAGAUCCCUCUACGCUUCCAUACAACAAUUCAUUCUACUUUUCGCCAAUCACUCGACAGAAAUGACAUCUGCAAGUUUUCAAGUCGCCGAGCAGUUCCGGGAAUCGAUUCAGCACUUGAACGCCGAUGAAUUCGUUCGAAAAUUCAUUAAAAGCAAGUCGACAGGGUCGGAGAAGCCACCGCACGUUCUCUUUGAAGAAUUGGAAAACGGAGGUAUGACUUCUUCGUCGUCGGCGAUGAAUCUGAAUCCGAUUAGGGAUUUGGUGGAUAUUAUGUCAGGCAACUCUAUGCCCUCAUCGUGCUCAUCAUCCGGAAUCCUUCAAGACCAAGCACAACCAUCGCAACCAAUCACUGUCGAUCUUCUAAUGAUGGAUCCAAUCGGCGAGGGGAUCGCAGUCGACAGCAGUCCUCUGAAUCCGACACUGAAUUCCACAAUGAACACGUCGUCAACGGAUCUGAAUAACGUGAAGAAGUCUUCUGAAGAUUUAUCAGCGGCUUCUGAAAAAAAAUCAUCAAAGAAGUUGUCUCUUUUUAUGCCGAAACGGCGGAAAACCGUGUCGACUAGUUCGAUAGAUGAGACUCCGAACACUGCCGAACCAUUUUCCGCAUCUGGAUUGUUCAAAUUCACACGAGAAAAGCGGCGAUCGAAGAAGGAGAAUGAGAGCAAUUUGAGGGCUUCCGUUUGCAUGGACGACACUCACAGCACUGCUAGCAGCUCCAGAAGCGACGAUAAAGUGCUUAACGGCUCAUCAGCCCAUGGUCACUCGCUUCUAGACGCCCCCAUCGAUGAAAAACCAUCGUCGAGUCUUCCAGUAGUCGACGACGAAGGCUACAUGAUCCGCGCUACUGAAAACCACGUGGAUUCGAAUCCAACCGCUUGGUCGAGCUGUUCAAGUGACGAAGAGGAGGACGAGGACGAGCUUCAGAAGUCGAGAAUACGAAAAAUGACAAUUUCCGAUAGACCGGUGCAUAUAAAUGCGUCGGUUGACGAGUUGAGAGACGCCAUCGGGAGUAUAACGCUGACGAGAAGCACCACGUUUGAUAGAGAUCCCUGGACGAUCGGUGGCUCGAAAGCGCCGCCCAUGUUCUCCCAGUCAAUGAACGCUUCAUCGCUCCGACAGCCACUUCGCUCUCAUCAUACUGCCGAUGGACGGUUUAGAACUAACUUUAGUGAAUCCGAAGAUCCACCGGCAUUCUCCGUAUCAAUGGGUCACAAUCAGUCAAUCGCCGCUGGAAUCGCUAGAGCACGACCACGGAGUAACACUCCGACGACUAGUCAGCUGAUGAGUCGGAAGGAUUCGAACAGCAGUUUCAUGGAUCCAUGGAGUAGUACAUUCAAUUUGGCACCCAGUGAAUCGAAUCAUUCGUUGGGAGAAUCCACGUUCAAUCUGUCACAAUCCACUGGAAAUUUGUUGCAGGCUACAAUAUCGGAGCAACGAAUCCCGGUGGCUAUGGCGAUCAACGAGCAUGUACACGUUUGGUUCAAAAAAGGAGCCGAUGAUUUUGUGCAACGGACAUUUGGCACUGUGAUGAUCUCCUUCCCGACGUCUUCUAUCAACCUUCUGACUUCGAUUCAGCAUGAAAUCGAGCCGUUGGCUUUCCGGCUAUCCAGCGCGAAAUUUAUAAAGUCAGUACUCCCGAACAAGCAGUUGAUCGACGAAUUGCUGAGCAAAAAGGACGACGAAAACUACACAUUCUACUUUAACAAGCUCCAACUUGCCACGUGGCUUCAAACCCAGAAAAUCGCAAAGCCAGAUGCGCAGUUUAUGAAUGCAGAAGUGGCUCGUUACGAGAUGGAUCCAACGGCUCCGUGUAAUUCGGUGCCCCCGUUGUUCCUGACGGCGUACUGGAAGUUCGAACCAGGUCACACGGACCUACGUGUCGACUAUCGGCUGAAUUCCGAAUCGCCCGUCUCCGCGCCGCUUCUAAAUGUGAAUUUCAACACGAAUCUCACUGGAGCCGUGGAUUCUGUGAUGUGUGACCCGGAGGGAAAAUGGGCGACCGAUAGUCCGUCUCUAGGGUGGAGUUUGUUGGAAAUUUCCAGGAAUGGAGAUGUUCAUGGCUCACUGAAGGCCAGGAUUUUUAUGAAGAAUUCUGGGGAUGAAGUCAGUCUCGAGAUGCUUGAUCGGAAGCCGGCGCAAGUAUUUGUUCAAUUUCAGUGCCACGAAGCCAACCAAUCGGGUGUGGACGUAUCACUGGUUCAAUCGGACAUUUAUCACCUGUCGAUGAUUCGUAAGAAGCUGUUAGCUGGAAAAUACUUCUGCGAACCGGAGCUUAGAAAAUAA